CCCCCCGCGCCCGCCCGCCGCCGCCGCCGCCGCCGCCGCCGCCGCCGCGAUCUCGGGGGGCUCUCGGAGAAUCCGAUCACAAGUGACAGCCACAAGUAGACUUGGCGUCCUCGCACCCGAACCCCGGAACCGAGGCGAGCGGAAGGGAGGAGGCGAGGGAGGAGAGCGCGGAACCUCGGGGCCCCCCACCCCCUUUCUGGAGACCUGGGCCGCGGUGAUCCUGUCCGCUCCCCCCUCCUCUUCCUCUUUUUCCUUUUUUUUUUUUUUUUGGGAGAGAUUCCUCAGGCAUCACCUCGCCUCCCCAGCCCCACACCACACUGUGCUCCGAAACGGGUUCUGCUUUGUUUUUUUACGAUUUCUCUCCCCCAACGAAUCACUUGUCAGAUCAAUUUUAUCUUCUCCCUCCUCCCUUCUUCCCACUCCCCCCUCCUCCCCGUCGGAAACCCCGUUCUCUGAGGUUAGACAUUUUACAAACCAUCUAUGUUGCUUUUCGAUUUGUGAUUUUUUUUUAAUAUAACCCCCCCCCUCUUCCCAUGGCUACUCUUCCAGACAUUUAUUUCUGCCCUUCCCCCGCUUAGGGGGGGCGGGGGUAAGGGAAGGGAGAAAAUAAUACAAUUUCAGGGGAAGUCGCCUUCAGGUCUGCUGCUGGUUUUUUUUUUUUUGUUUUGUUUUGUUUUGUUUUUUAAAAUUAAAAGAAAAAAAAGGACAUAGAACACAUCAGUUUUGAACUUCACUUCAAGAACCUGGGCUGCAAAGGAAAUCUCCUUUGUGUUUGUUAUUUAUAUGCUGUCAAGUUUUGAAGUGGUGAUCUGUAGACAGUGACUGAGUAUGGAUCAUUUGAAUGAGGCAACUCAGGGGAAAGAGCAUUCAGAAAUGUCUAACAAUGUAAGUGAUCCGAAGGGCCCACCAGCCAAGAUUGCCCGCCUGGAGCAGAAUGGGAGCCCUCUAGGAAGAGGAAGGCUUGGGAGUACAGGUGCAAAAAUGCAGGGAGUGCCUUUAAAACACUCAAGCCAUCUGAUGAAGACCAACCUUAGGAAAGGAACCAUGCUUCCAGUUUUCUGCGUGGUAGAACAUUAUGAAAACGCCAUCGAAUAUGAUUGCAAGGAGGAGCAUGCGGAAUUUGUGUUGGUGAGAAAGGACAUGCUUUUCAACCAGCUGAUAGAGAUGGCACUGCUGUCUCUAGGUUACUCGCAUAGCUCUGCUGCCCAGGCCAAAGGGCUAAUCCAGGUUGGAAAGUGGAACCCGGUUCCACUGUCUUAUGUGACAGAUGCCCCUGAUGCUACCGUAGCAGAUAUGCUUCAAGAUGUGUAUCAUGUGGUCACAUUGAAAAUUCAGUUACACAGUUGCCCCAAACUAGAAGACCUGCCUCCUGAACAAUGGUCACACACCACAGUAAGGAAUGCUCUGAAGGAUUUACUGAAAGAUAUGAAUCAGAGUUCAUUGGCCAAGGAGUGCCCCCUUUCACAGAGUAUGAUUUCUUCCAUUGUGAACAGCACUUACUAUGCAAAUGUCUCAGCAGCAAAAUGUCAAGAAUUUGGAAGGUGGUACAAACAUUUCAAGAAGACAAAAGAUAUGAUGGUCGAGAUGGAUAGUCUUUCCGAGCUAUCCCAGCAAGGUGCCAACCAUGUCAAUUUUGGCCAGCAGCCAGUCCCAGGGAACACAGCCGAGCAGCCUCCAUCCCCUGCGCAGCUCUCUCAUGGUAGCCAGCCCUCUGUCCGGACCCCUCUUCCGAACCUGCAUCCUGGGCUUGUGUCAACACCUAUCAGUCCUCAACUGGUCAACCAGCAGCUCGUGAUGGCCCAACUGCUGAACCAGCAGUAUGCAGUGAACAGACUUUUAGCCCAGCAGUCCUUAAACCAACAAUACUUGAACCACCCUCCCCCUGUCAGUAGGUCUAUGAAUAAGCCUUUGGAGCAACAGGUUUCAACAAACACAGAGGUGUCUUCGGAAAUCUACCAGUGGGUACGUGAUGAACUGAAACGAGCAGGAAUCUCCCAGGCAGUAUUUGCACGUGUGGCUUUUAACAGAACUCAGGGCUUGCUUUCAGAAAUCCUCCGGAAGGAAGAGGACCCCAAGACUGCAUCCCAGUCUUUGCUGGUAAACCUUCGGGCUAUGCAGAAUUUCUUGCAGUUACCUGAAGCAGAAAGAGACCGAAUAUACCAGGAUGAAAGGGAGAGGAGCUUGAAUGCUGCAUCGGCCAUGGGUCCAGCCCCUCUGAUAAGCACACCACCCAGCCGCCCUCCCCAGGUGAAAACAGCUACUAUUGCCACUGAGAGGAAUGGGAAGCCGGAGAACAAUACCAUGAACAUUAAUGCCUCCAUUUAUGAUGAGAUUCAGCAGGAAAUGAAGCGCGCUAAAGUGUCCCAGGCACUGUUUGCAAAGGUUGCAGCAACCAAAAGCCAGGGCUGGCUGUGUGAGCUACUGCGCUGGAAGGAAGAUCCGUCUCCAGAAAACAGAACCCUGUGGGAGAACCUGUCCAUGAUCCGAAGGUUCCUCAGUCUUCCCCAGCCUGAGCGCGAUGCCAUUUAUGAACAGGAGAGCAAUGCGGUGCAUCACCAUGGCGACAGGCCCCCCCACAUCAUCCAUGUUCCGGCGGAACAGAUUCAGAGCCCCUCUCCCAGCACCCUUGGGAAAGGAGAGUCUAGAGGCGUUUUCUUACCAGGCCUGCUGACCCCUGCACCAUGGCUCGGUGCUGCUCCUCAGCAGCAGCAGCAACAACAACAGCAGCAGCAGCAACAGCAACAAGCACCACCACCUCCACAGCCACAACCACAGCCACAGGCUGGCCCCCGGCUCCCUCCACGGCAGCCCACCGUGGCCUCACCUGCCGAGUCAGAUGAGGAGAACCGGCAGAAGACCCGGCCACGAACCAAAAUUUCAGUGGAGGCCCUGGGAAUCCUCCAGAGUUUCAUACAAGACGUGGGUCUGUACCCGGAUGAAGAGGCCAUCCAGACUCUAUCAGCCCAACUUGACCUCCCCAAGUACACCAUCAUCAAGUUCUUUCAGAACCAGCGCUAUUAUCUCAAGCACCACGGCAAACUGAAGGACAAUUCUGGCUUAGAGGUAGACGUGGCCGAAUAUAAAGAGGAGGAGUUGCUCAAGGAUUUGGAAGAGAGUGUCCAAGAUAAAAAUGCCAACACCCUGUUUUCCGUGAAACUAGAAGAGGAGCUAUCAGUGGAAGGGAACACAGACAUCAAUGCCGAUCUGAAAGACUGAGAGCAAAGUAUUAUUUUCAUUCAACAGUGCCACCGGUGUUUACUAACAACGUGAAAAGUCCAUCUUGUGUUCGCUCAGAAAACCUUUGUUGUUCAUUGUUUGGCCAACCUUCAAUCUUCAGAAACUUGCACAAACAGGAAAGUUGGGAAGGAAAGUAAGGACUGCACUAUGUUUAAACGCCUUUGUUGUAACACUGCUGGGCAGCCCGGGUGAAGCAUUUGCGGACUGUUUGAUAUUAAAAAUUUUUGUUCAAGGGAUGCACCCAGAUGUGUUCCCAGUAAGCAUGAUACCAGAGAGGGUUUUUUUUAAGUUAUUAUUAUUCUGGAGCCUCAAACAAGCAUUAUAAUUUCUGUGAUUAUGAUUUCCUUUUCUUUAACUAUUUCUGUAACACUCCACACUGAUCUUUGGAAAAUCGCCCCUUAUUUUAAAAAAUAAAGAAAAAAAAGAGUUUGUUACUCUAUUGUAUGUUACAAAAGAACUAUAGACUGUGAAUGCAGUUUAAAGAUGACAUAUGCCAACAAAUGCCUUGUACUAUAAUGGCACUGCCGUAAUUCAAAUUUGUUUUUAUUUUGGAAAUAAAAGUUCACUGUAAUUUUUUUUCAUUCUCAUUGUUACAUGAUUUUUUUUAAGAAAACAACAAAAAAAAGGAAAAGAAAAUGUGAAACACAAUUUAGUCCUCAUUAUUUAUUUGUAGACCCUGCCGCAUCUUGUUGUAAUUAAUUUUUUGGAAGUUUCCGUUAAAUGUAAUAUUGCUUCUCUUGUUACCAUUACUGAUUCUUUUCUAUUUAUAAAUGUAUUUUGAUGGGCAGUAAAACAAAGUGUCUUAAAAGUUUUAAAUAGAGAAAAUGUGCUUUACACAGUUGCCUAUAAGAAGUGCUCUAUGUUAUCCAAGCAAUUCAUACUAUAAGCUUCACUCUUACUGUUGUAUGCAAUUUUUACUAUCAUGCAAAUAAGCUUAGGUAAAUAAAACUAAUAGAUCACCUUAGAAAAUUAUGCAAUUAAUGUGAAAAUAAUUGAUGUUUGCAAUGUGUCUUCCUUUGGUUUACAAUCAAUUUUAAACCUACAUCUGUAUAAAAUUUCUGUAUAAAGGUGUAUUUCUUUUUUUUUUUUUUAAUGAGUUUCAUGGCUAUGAAAACACCAGCUAUUUUGUUACAGCUGGCUGUUUUUAUAAGUGUAUCACAAUUUUCUUUAUGCAGAAAUGUUCUGAUUAGGAGUGGUUAUUGACUGUAACUACACAAUUAAAACUGUUUGUAUGGUAUGACACGGCAGGGUUUGUCUGCUUAUGUGAAGUAACUUUAACAAAGAGUCCACAAUGGCCCUCUCAGUUAGGUCCAUGCUAAUGUUUUCUUGAUGAUAAGUUUGUUGAUUUUUAAAAAGAGCAACUUGAAAAGUCACUUGAAAUACUGUAAAUUUAAAUAUGGACAACGCACUCAUUUUUAAAUAGGCAUGAAAAUUCACAAUGAAGAUGAUAAUCUGUUUUUGGUUGACAUUUUGCUUAAUGAACAGAGAUAGGACAGUCAGAAGACUAACAAGUAUCUUUUCUGACAGUCACGCUCUUAAAAGGAAUUCACCUGCUCUUACUAUUACAAUCCUUCAAUUAAGCAAUACUUUUCCUUAAGCUGAGGUGUAUUUUUAAAGGCCAUUAAUAGUAACAUAAAAUAUGUAGAGGAAAAAUGGACUUUCUGUGUAAGAACCUCCUUACUAAGUAUUGUAUUUUUUAUUACAAGUUAUAAGUGAAGAAAGUUCCUAAUCCUGAGCUCAUUUGACUGCAUAUGUCAUAACUACAUAAAGAAAAUAAGAAGAACAUGCCUGGGAUUUAAACACCAUCUUCAAGAUUCGUAUGAAACCUCCGUUUAGCCAGGAUGUAAAAUAAGCUGUGCUAAUAGUCACAAAAAGGAUUGAAGCCAGUGCUAGGGUUUUGAGUGGGCUGGGUUUUUUUUUUUCUUUUAACUAUAUCUGUCUCAUCCUUUCUUUUUAAGGUUCCUUAGCUGUUGGUGUGGGUAUUCAGCGAUCUGCAGCCUGCCUCCUCUGCUACCCAUUUCCUUAGCCUCAGUGAGCUUAUUGGGAAGCAUCAAAAUACCUGAGAUGCUUUAGUGUUGAACUUUUAUAUCAGCUAAAAUGGAAUCAUUGAAAACACCCAAUAAAGCUUUAAAAUUC